GUCCCUCUAAUUUUAUUUAUUUACGAUUCGCGGGAUUCUCACGGAAAGGGGGCUUCUCUUCAGCUAGGUUUCUCUUUAGAGAUCAGAAGCUUUUUGUCUAUUUCGCUGGUUUAUAGUUGUCUGAUUCAUUGAUGAUCAAGAGCUGCUAACAUAUUCUCCCUGAUACAAUGGAUGCCCAAAAUGGAGAUAAUCAAGAAGGAGUCAGGGUGAUGGGAUUCGAAGUUCCAAGGUCACCUGAUACUAGCUACUGCAAUCCCAUCCCAGGCAAUGAAGAUGAAGCCCGUGAUCCACCAAUUGUCCCGCCUCACUUGCAACACCCUUUGCUGAUCUUCCCGGCAAAUCAGGAUGCUUCAAAUAGCCUCCCGUUGCCUAACAAUGUAACUCUGAACCACCUAUACAUUGAAAAUAGGGAAAGGCCGAGCUCAGUUGUUGCCCUUGGUAUAACACACCGCUAUCGAUCAAAAUUUGUGACUGUUGUGCUUUACAAACCAAUUCGGAGAAGAGGUGCAUGAAGAUUGGCUAUGUCCAUAUUUCAAUUGCAUUUCCUUCUCAUCUGGUUAGUUUUAUGUUCCUCUUGGCUACAUUCUCAAAUUUUAACAGAUACAUAUGGGAGGAGAAUAUUAUAAGGUUA